AUGAGGCAAUCGCAAGCUUAUCAAGGACUUUUGCACACCGGUUCGUGCCUCACGACGCAGCCCAUUGGAAUUGACAUACAUAAGAUACCUUACUCACGUUACCUAUUAAAUUACUUAACUCGUAUCGUACUCUUCAUUGAGUCCACUAUCCUCCUCCGCACUCAAUCUCUUCUGUCGUUCAUCAUGCCUGAGUCACUUCUUUCGGCCCCAGUCGACUCUGUUCUCGAUGUCAUUGGCAACACACCAUGCGUCCGCCUCCGCAAGGUCGUCCCAGAGGGCUGCGCUGACGUCUACGUCAAACUCGAAUUCAUGAAUCCGACUGGAUCCUACAAAGACCGCAUGGCGAAAGCCAUUAUUGAAGAGGCGGAACGCAGAGGCGACCUCAAGCCAGGCAUGACGGUCAUCGAGGCCACCGGAGGCAGCACAGGAUCGUCGCUCGCCUUCGUCUGCACCCUCAAGGGCUACGGAUUCCGCGCGGUCUGCUCCAAUGCAUUUGCUGCCGAGAAGCUGCGCACCAUGGCCGCCUUUGGCGCCGAUGUCGACAUCGUCCACAGCCCUACCGGGAAAAUCACCCCGGACCUGUUCCCUAGAAUUGUGGAACGCGCAAAGACGUUGGCUGAGGGUGACAAGAACUUUUAUCCCGCCAACCAGUUCAAGAACAAGGACAACGCCAUGGGCUACAGGAAGCUUGGCGAGGAGCUAAUUGCCCAGUUCCCCCAGGGGAUUGACGGGUUCUGCGGUGCCGCUGGCGGAGCGGGAAUGGUUAUGGGUACAGCAAAGAUUCUUAAGGCGUCGCGGCCUGAGACCCGCGUGCUGGUUCUGGAGCCGGAAUCGUCACCUGUCAUCACCAAGGGAACAGGGGGCACGCACGGCGUAGAGGGUAUUUCUCCUGGGUUUGUGCCCCCUUUGUUGGACGAGGCGUUGUAUGAUGAAGCACGCGCCAUCUCCGAAGAUGAGGCCAGGAAGAUGUGCCGCAGGCUUGCGAAGGAGGAGGGUCUGCUCACCGGCACCUCGACGGGACUGAAUGUUGUUGCCGCUAUUCAGUUGGCGAAGGAACUUGGUCCUGGAAAGGUUGUUGUCACAGUUGCUUGUGAUACGGGUCUCAAGUACACAAACGGAACUCUCUAUGAGUGA